AUGGUAAACGCACAAUACAUGCCGUUUAUUCAAGAUGCUCGAUACAAUAAACAGACCAAAGCAAUCGAUAUUCAAGUUCAGUACAGUGGUGGUUGUGCCGAACAUGAAUUUCAACUCAAAGUUGGCUCUUGUCGAGAAACUUAUCCUGUUCAAUGUGAUGCGAAGUUGAUCGACUUAACAGUAAACGAUUAUUGCGAUGCGAUCGUCUCUCGUGAAGUUUCGAUCAGUACUCAAUCGAUUGGCUUAGAUGAUGGUUAUUACGCUGGNAAUAAACAGACCAAAACAAUCGAUAUUCAAGUUCAGUAUAGUGGUGGUUGUGCCGAACAUGAAUUUCAACUCAAAGUUGGCUCUUGUCGAGAAACUUAUCCUGUUCAAUGUGAUGCGAAGUUGAUCGACUUAACAGUAAACGAUUAUUGCGAUGCGAUCGUCUCUCGUGAAGUUUCGAUCAGUACUCAAUCGAUUGGCUUAGAUGAUGGUUAUUACGCUGGUGCAACUAUUCAAAUUUAUGGGGGCGCGAAUACAAAAGCUAAGUUUGUUCUUUCGUAA